UAAUGGAUAAGGAAAUUAAGGAAGAACUCGCCAUACUUGUGAAACUUGCUGCUGGAGCUGUCAUCGUUCAAAACGAUGUCCCCCAGGAUCUUGCUGUCGCUGCCCCAGAACGUUGGAAGUACGAACUUUGUGGCACAGAGGAAGAUAUCGUCGAGGUUGAAUCUAUCUCCAUUUCUCCGGACCCUCCCAAACCAGGAGAAGACCUCGAGAUCACCGCUUCGGGCAAAGUAAAACAGACUCUUGAGGAAGGAGCCUAUGCCGAUGUAACGGUGAAAUUGGGCUUGAUCAAGCUUCUGCGCAAGGAGUUUGACAUUUGUGAAGAAGCUCGCAAAGCGAAUGCUACCAUUCAAUGCCCAGUUGAACCUGGCGACUAUACUCUUGUACAAAAGGUCGCUCUUCCAAAGGAAAUUCCUCCUGGCGAAUACUGUCAACGAGGAACCCGCCACCUGCAUCAAGAUCAUGGUCGACUUCACUCUUCACCGUGGACCACUAAACCUGUGGUGAUCGUCAACGUCAGUGCAGAGGCCAGAGAAACACGGG